UUUCUGUAAACACUGGAGCUGAUGUCUCUGUGGGCUCCGUUGCUGCUGGAGCGCCAUACAUAAGCGAUGGCAGGUGAAGAAGAAGCGCAACUUUCGCCGGCUCUUGCGCGGAGCGACCACAUCUCCUUCCUGGAGGGAAACACGCUGUACGUCUGGGGUGGAUGCAGGUGUGUUGAUGGAAAAGAAACCUUUUUCCCCAGUGAUGAGAUCUUGCUUUAUGACAUGGAGAGUGGAGUCUGGUCCCAGAGGCAUAUGGGCGGAGAGGUUCCUCCUGUCCUAUCACAGGCAUGCGGUGCAUAUCUUCAGGGUGUGCUUUACAUUUUUGGGGGUUGUGUACGCAAUGCCUACACCAACCAGAUGUACUGUGUAGACCUCUCGCAUGGAGAAUAUAGCUGGAGAAAAGUGACGGGCACGUUGGGAGCGACGCCAUCUCCUAGAAUCAGACAUUCCUGCUGGGUCUAUAGAAACAGGCUCAUCUACUUCGGCGGAUACGGCUGCAAAACAGUCAGCCAGAUCAACAACUCUAAAACAUUUUUGUUGGACGAGACCUCUUGGGCAACAAUCGGCUCGGAUGUUUUUCAGUUUUGGGGAUGGAAUAAUGAGGUACAUAUGUUUGAACCUGCGUCAGCCACUUGGACCAAACCACAAACCCAGGGCCAGUCUCCAGAGCCCAGAUCAUCCCAUGCCAGCGCUACUUUAGGUCAGAAAGGCUACAUCUGCGGCGGUCUGGAAACGCAGACGAUAGACAUUCACUGUUUAGAUCUGACGACAUGGAUGUGGACAAAAAUAGACCAUCAUGCUACACAUCUCCCACAGGGCCGCACUCUUCACACGCUCACAGCCAUCUCAGACCACAAACUCUUCCUGUUUGGUGGCCUCAGCACUAACGGCAAGGUUCUCAGUGAUGGGUGGGAAUUCGACACUGUAACAAAAGAAUGGAGGGAGAGAGACCAUGUGCACAAAGACAAGCCCAGGUUAUGGCAUUCUGCUGAUAAUGGGAGGGACGGUGAUGUGGUGGUUUUUGGAGGAAGCCAGACUUUCAUCUUUCUAAUGGAUUCGGUGGUGGCGCUCAGGUCUCCCACUCAAAGCCAUUGUGGAGACGUGCUGCUGUUUCAGACUCAACCGUACUCGCUGUCAAGAUUAUGCGAAGACUGCAUAGGAAAACACACAUUUUCUGUCCAAGAGCAAGUUUCGUGGUUACCAGCCAAACUUCAGAAGACAAUUGGCAAGAGGAUAUCCUACUUCAUGGACAAUGCUCAAAAUGUAUAUGUAGCCACCUAAGUUUACAUGGACAGCUCUCAUUUCCUGAUUAAAAGUAUAAAUAUUUCUGUCCAAAUCAAGUCAUGUUUAUUUGUAUAGAGCAGUUUACAAUAUAUAUAUUGUUUUAAAGCAGCUUUGCUGCAGUCUCAGUGUUUAAAUAGCACUCCAAUCAUUCCACGUAUUGGAUAGACUUGAAUGUACAUAUUUAACUGUAGAUUAUUGUAUACAAGAAUUAUUCACGUUAAAUGAAAUCCUUCAGAUGUGCUGGAGAAUGUGUGUAUUAUCUGUUUAGGAACUAAAGGAUGAAUCGUUUGAAACUUACCAUAAGUGGCUUUUCUUUAAAUGCACUUUAUGUAACACUGACAACCUACUACACGAGCCAACAGCAUUAAAAACGCAUUUAAUAAAAUACACUUUUAUUAAAUAAAAAAUACACUUCCCCUUUCAUUUUUUUAUUUAUCACUUUAUUAUUCAAUAUAAUGGAUUGGAAUGAUUUGUUACAAAAUAUCACUGGAAUGAUAAAAACUGGUGAUUAUACUAUACAUAGUUUUAUUUUUUAUAAUAAUUCUAUAAAACCUCAUUGUUUUGUGGUUCAUCUCAUUCUUGAAGGACGACAGUGACUCUACCGACUUGCCAAAAACAAUAUUUUGCACAUAUAAAAUCUUAAUAUUCUUUUUGGUAGUUCCCUCCAAGUGCAUAUAGAAAUAUUCCAGAGGCAGAAGGGGUUGUUUAGCAGUUCUCGCAAUAAAACCACUGUUUAAGACAUACAACAUGAUGAAUGUUGUCCAUU